CGCCGGUGGAAGCUCAGUUGACCAGCGUCGCAACUGGGCGAUGCGCCUCCAAGCAAAGACUCUUCCUUUUUGCGGCGGAUUUGACAGUCACAUCGCAGCCUGCAUCCUCACAUCCUAAUGAGUAAUAAUUUAGUUGGUUGCCCUCGUCAGUGCUUUCCUCAUUUUGCGUCAGUCUAAUUUUGAGGGGGAGGGAAAAAAACUAUUCACAGGACAAGGUUUUCGGUUAUCUGAAAACUGACCGCUCGCAACAGGUUUUUUUUUCCACCGUCUUGAACGAUCCCUGUGGGAGGAUUUGCUUUCAACAUACCGAUUGCUUUUUAUUUUUGAAACCAGCCAGAGACAACUGAUAACUUAAUCGAAGAUGGUACGAGAAACCCCGGACAAACUCGCUUGAUUUUUGGUCAUUUGUGUCCUCAGUUUGCGUCUAUUGGAGGCUCGAAAGCAUCUUCAGACAGACUACAGGGAGCAGAGGCGGCUGUUUCACCGUCCACAGGCUGGUGUAAGGUGGGCAGGAGCAACCAGCAGCCAUGCUGUCAUUGGACGAACCGCUGGACUUGAAGCUUCCCAAGGGACGGACAGAUGGUCCAGUCAAAUUAGGAAAGAGGGCUUGUCCUUCCUCUAUCUGUGCCCCUCUCAGCACCACACGACCACGCCUGCUAUGCACAACCUUUCCGUCUCCCCCCUCCUCCCCAGAGUCCCAGUCUUCCCCUCAAGAACGACCCGGGUCCUGCUUCAGUCCUCCAGCCAUGGACCUCAGCCUGUCCCCCUCCUCCCGCCAUGCCUCCUCCCUCUCCCCGUCUCCUUCCUCCCCCUCCUCCCCCUUCCCUUCCUCACCCCUGGAAUCCCCUCACUGCAGAAGCAGCCCUCAGCCACAUCUCUUCUCACGGGAACCAGCUCGUCAUCGAGGUCUGGAGGGUGGAGCUUCACCGCAGGGCUAUCCAUUUUACCUGCCGAUUGGAAGCCCACCGAGGGCAUACAGCUUUCCCUCCUCCAUGUUCAUCGCUCAGAACAGAGAGAAGCAGGUAUCACCAGAGCCCUCAUUGGACGGUCAGCUGGCCUGCCGUUGGAUGAAGUGCCACCUGCUGUUCGACUCGCUGCAGGACCUGGUGGAUCACAUCAACGACUUCCACGUCAAGCCUGAAAAGGAUUCUGGGUACUGCUGCCAGUGGGAGGGCUGUGCCCGUAACGGCAGGGGCUUCAAUGCCAGGUAUAAAAUGCUGAUUCAUAUCCGGACACACACCAAUGAGAAGCCGCACCAUUGUCCCACCUGUAACAAGAGCUUCUCACGUCUGGAGAACUUGAAGAUACACACCCGUUCACACACAGGAGAAAAACCCUACAUCUGCCCUUAUGAAGGCUGCAGCAAACGUUACUCCAACUCUAGCGAUCGCUUCAAACACACGCGCACCCACUACGUUGACAAGCCUUACUACUGCAAGAUGGCAGGCUGCCUGAAGCGCUACACAGAUCCCAGCUCGCUACGCAAGCACAUCAAGGCACAUGGGCACUUUGUUGCCCAUGAGCAAGGCGCUCCGAGCAGGCUGGGGGCGGGGCUGGGCCUCCCUGGUCACCAGAGUGCUGUUGAACUGCCUACUGUAGGCAGGGCCCACAUCAUCAUCCCUGGGGCUGCUGCAGCUCUGCUUGGGGGCCUGGGGACCUCUUUGCCUCUCUCUGCUUUCUGCCACGCCAGAGCCCUGGGCCACCAUGGGGCACCACUCUUCUCCAUGGGCGGAGGAAGCAGCAUCGGGCCGCUCGGCCUGUCAGACUCUCCUCUGUUACACUUUGGACUUUCAGCUGCAUCGAUGUUGGGGCUGGGAGCUCUUGGAGGUCUGGGACGGGUGGUAGGGAAGGAGACGGAGGGUGAAGAGGAAGAGGAGGAAGGAGAGGAGGGGGAGGUGCUGAACCUGUCUGCAGGAGUGGGGCAUAGACGAAGUGACCCUUUGUCCUGGGUGGUUGUUCCCCCAAGGGCAGGCCUCCUUAAACCAGCUGUUGUCAGCUAGGAUGUGCACUCAACAAUGCACAGAACCAGGGAGUGUGUCCAUGUUUGCGUGUUCAGAACAUACAUGCAUGAUUAUGAUGAGUGUGUAGAGUGUGUGUUUGUGUGUGUGUGGGUGUGUGGGUGUGUGUGUGUGCGCGCGCACACACAUCAUCCCUCACACGUGAUCAAAGAUCAAUAUCACCUGCAGAGCCAUGAAAAGCACUUCAGCCAUUCCAGCCCAGAAACAACUGAAGAAAGACUGAAAUGGACAGAAGUCAUUGUUUCGAGCGUACAAAGCCCAAACAAGACCUUAGAGUAUUGGGUUGCAAAGUCUUACACUUUAAAAGGGUCAGUUCACCCAAAUGAAAAUGAGAAAAGAAAAAGAAAAAGUACCCGUAGUGGUAUCCGGCAAGGCCGACAGGUGCAGAUAGAAUAUCCAUUCAUCACAUUAAAGACAUAACACAAAUAAGUACACAUAAGUACAAUGAGGUUAUUUGCUUGCCUAACAUUUUCUCUGUGUGUCAAUGAGUUUCAGAGAUACUGGAGGUUUAUUAUAUUCAAAGGGAUUGUUGCCCACUGAAGUUUGAAUCUAAAAAGGAUCAAAUUUGUUAAGCUGACCUUUUGUUGCAUACCGUAAUUCCUCAAAUAAAAACCGGGGCCUUUAUUUACCUGAACUGUAGAAGGUCACAGGCUUUUAUUUGAAGCAGGGCGACAAAGCAACUUAAGUCAGAAUUAAUCAAACACCACCAUUGUGUCAGAUUGAACCCUGUAAAUGUACGGGGUAUUUAUUUUAAAUACAGGUACUACGGUAUUGUUGGUAGAUUACAAUAAGAGCAUACAGUAUUUUAGUAAAACACAUUGCUGGUUUGCAGCACGCCUGUAUCUGAUUAACGUUACAGACGGUAGCUAGCUUUGUUUCUAGCUCCAGGCUAACUUUUUUCCUAACCACCUCCAGCUAGCCGUGCUCUGCUCCUGUCGGCUAAUCUUGUCAACUCAUCCUUUUGUUUCUUCCAGUAUCGGAUUCUCCUGGGGUCAAUGUUGAAAUGUCUCGCAGCUUUUUCACCCGAGUUUUCCUCCGCGUACUUUGUUUUGUUUUCAAUAAGUUGUUGAAAAGUCCGUCACUAGCACUAAAUGAGACCCCGUGUUACAUCCAAUGUCACUACUGCCAUCUACUGGCACCUGUACGUUACCACAAACGUUACACUUACGCUCUGUUAACACAUACAGCCGCACUGACUAAAAUACCGGUAGGACAUUAAUACUUUCCAUGAGUAUCAUAAUCCAGAGAAACAAAGUGUGGAAAAAAAACAUGAAUAUAUUGUUUAAUCCGUUAAAUUAAAUUGCUAGAAAUCUACAUUACAAUGAAUUUGAAUUUUAUUUUUACUUAAUAUUAUAUGAAAGGCACUUAGGAGAUUAUCCACACAAAUAUUUGCCUUUAUUUGUCCGUGUGUCCCACGACCACUUGGAGGCCCGGCGUUUAAUUGACUACCGGUUUUUAUUUGAGGAAUUACCCUAGUUGUCAUUGUCUUGAUUAGUCAUCAAAAGUAGUUGGACAGAUAUUUAGGGACCUCAUUAGGAAAAACUGAAAACAGCAUAAAAAAAGAAGGAAAUUUGAAAAUUUCAACAGUAACCAUCUUUUCACAAGUCCCUGUUAUUUUGGAUAAACACCGGCAUCGCCGUGAACACUUUCUUUAUUUCAUCAUUUUUGCAAUGAGAGUUUCAAAUGUCAUAUAUAGCCAGUACUAGGGUAAGCAAAGCCGGUCGGUCGGUCUACCUCUUUGGUACUGAUGGAAAUAUUUCAACAACUUGUUUUGAUGUUACAAAAUGUACGACUUAGUGACACGUGGGACAAGAACGGGACACAAACCCCGGUCUCCUGGGUAAAAGUCCUGGGUUGUUUGAACCAUACACCCCAUCCUGCCUCCUUACGCAGAUUUUCGCUCUUUCAUACUACUCGCUACAGUUGUUGUACUCUUACUAUCAUCUUACAGUGCCGCGGUCAAGCUGCUGCUAUGCCCGGUGUGUUCCAUACAGACGCUGAAGGGUGAUCUUUUUUGUCGGUAUCUGACGCUGAGAGCCAACGACAAAGCGUCAGUAUUUAACGAGUUGGGAGUGGGAACGGAUUUUUUUUUUUUACAGCCAUGCAUGGUCACCAGAGGAUGAAUGCUACACAUUUUUUUAAACCUCUGACUUUUCCUCUGGUGCUUAUAAUACUUCGGCUUAUGACCAAGCACCCUCCACCAAAAAAAUGACAUCAACCUCAGCUAUUGUGUUUAGUGUUAAUAACAAAAUGUUAGCAUGCUAAAAUGCUAAACUAAGAUGUCAACAAGGUAAACAUUGUGUUUGCAUAAUAUCCUUGUUGCAAUGUUAUGAGCCUUACAAAUCAAAUUCUCUAUAUUUCAAAUGUUUUAGAGGUGAAUAUCUCAAAACCUCAGGACGCAAAACCACAUCUGUCUGCAUGGCUUUAUACCAAACAAGUAAGAAAAUAUGUGAGAUUUAGGUGAACUGACCCUUUAAUAGUCCUUGAUUCACCCAUCCCUUCCUGUUCAUCUACACCUUGGCUUCAUGGUCAACAGUUAACAGUGGACAAUCACCUGGAUUCGAUUCACUAAACCAGGUCAGGAAAAGAGCAGAUGCACUAACAUUUUUGUAGUUUUUAUGUUUGACAACCCCCACUGACUGCAGACCCAUUUUCACUCCUAAAUAAAUAUGGGGAAAGCAGGAUUGUGGGGAGCAACCAGAAAUACACUCCAUAAACAAUAACUCAAUGUAACAUUAAUGAAUAUGUUCAUUAGGAUCUACCAAUGUUACAUCCAUCUACAUUUUUUGGAGUUUGAGUUUUUGCUAUUAAGGGGUUACACUGCAAAAUAAGAUAUUUGAACAAUUCGACACCAACUCCCAUAAAAAGACUGCUGACAUAGAUUUUACAAGAUGGUUUUGUUACAAAAUUGAUUUAAGGCGCUUUUGGUAAUUGACUCACAGCCUUGUCAUUUAUAGACGGUUUCUCUGUAUGGUUUAUCGGGCACUGGCAAUUUGUUGUCAUGUGCACCUGAGAUGACUCCAUACCGGCUGCAAUGUGAAUAAUUAGCUCCCUUGAUAAAAACUAAAACCUCCUGAGACCUAACGCCACACAUCACAAUUUAUGACGCAGUAAUCUUUACUGAUUACUAGUCCUCAGGUAAUCUCAGUGUAGCUGCCGUCUGCUCUGUGGUUUGUUUUAACCUAGAGAAACUUUUACAUUUACAACAAUACGAUGUGUGAUGAAAUAUUUUAAUCCACACAAAGCUAUCUGUUUGACCAUGUGAUUUUUCAAGUCACAAGAAGAAAAUAAUCAACUGUUUUGACGCAACUGAAUGUAGGUUUGAGGUUAACUCCUUUUCUUGCCGUUUGUUUUAGCUCAUUCCUUGCUGUGUUAGUCAUCAUAGACAAUGAUCUGGACAGGAUCAGCCCCGCCUUAAGACAAGAGCAACUGAGGAAAACAAGUAGGAACAAGGUAGACAAAGGUGUGUAUUAGGCAAUAAUGGGUACACAUUUGCUUUACAAAAGGGUACACAAGAACAAACCAAACAAUGGUUUAAAAAGCUGUCUCGAGUAUUAUUUGAAUGGGAAAUGUUUGACAAUGGCCGAAUGUGGCCAGUAUCAUUUAUCUUGUAUACUUGUUUGCACAUUGAUUGAUCCUAAAUCAGUAUUUCAAAAAGUGUCCACGUGCCUUGUGUUUCAUCUGAAAUAUACCACACAAUAUAUGAAAAAUAUUUACACAAAUGUAAAGUGUAUAAAUGUACGUUUCAUUACAUUUUAGAAAACUGAAAUUGAAUAACUUGACAACAGAUGUACAGAUUUGUACAUCAGGGCCACUGCAACACUCUCCAAGGACGUCACCAGUGUUGAUGUCUAUGACAAUGACUCAAUGUCAAUAAAAAAACAAACAAAAA